CAGUCUCCAGAAACUUAUAAAUAAGAGUCCGGCCGCCACCACACAACGAAGAGACGUUUCGAGACCGAGCGCUCUGUUCACCGCUGCGCAAGUUAUCCAGCAGCAUCAGCCGGUUCUUCGUGGUUGCUCUCACUCGUUGCUAUCUUGCGCCUCCACGGCCGAGACGAGGCGAGACAAAACGAGAAAAUGGAGAAAGGGUUAGAGGAGAAGCUUCUCGUGUCGAAGAGAGAAGAAGGCGAGGAGCGGCUGGGGAGGAAGAUAUGUGCUGAAUCGAAGAAGCUUUGGAUCGUAGCGGGUCCCGCGAUUUUCACGAGAUUUUCGACGUUCGGCGUAUCGGUUAUCAGCCAGGCGUUUAUCGGACAUAUCGGCUCGACGGAACUCGCGGCCUUUGCCCUCGUUUCCACCGUCCUCCUCAGGUUCGGUAACGGAAUCCUGCUGGGCAUGGCGAGCGCCCUCGAAACGCUCUGCGGUCAGGCGUAUGGUGCUAAACAAUACCACAUGCUCGGCAUUUACCUCCAACGGUCAUGGAUCGUCCUCGUCACGUGCGCCUUCUUCAUCCUCCCGAUCUUCAUCUUCACAGCUCCGAUCCUUCGGCUACUAGGACAGGCUGACGAUAUUGCAGCCAUGGCGGGGACCAUCUCCCUCUGGUUCAUCCCAGUCAUCUUCUCCUACGUCUUCUCAUUCACACUCCAGAUGUACCUCCAGGCCCAGAGCAAGAACAUCAUCAUCGCUUAUCUGGCGGCCAUCACGCUCGUGAUCCACGUCCUCCUGUCAUGGGUCAUGGCAAUCAAGCUCAGAUUGGGCGUCGCAGGCGUCAUGGGUUCGAUGAUUCUCGCGAAUUGGAUCCCGAUCGUCGGUCAAAUGGCGUUCGUCGUCUGCGGCGGGUGUCCGGAUACGUGGAAUGGGUUCUCGAUGCUGGCUUUUAGGGAUCUGUGGCCUGUUGUUAAGCUCUCUCUCUCCUCAGGUGCAAUGCUCUGCUUGGAGUUAUGGUACAACACUAUAUUGGUUCUACUAACAGGACAUAUGAAAAAUGCUGAAAUUGCUAUAGAUUCUCUCUCUAUCUGCCUCAACAUUAAUGGGUGGGAGAUGAUGAUAUCUCUUGGUUUCUUGGCUGCGGCAAGCGUGCGGGUGUCGAAUGAGCUCGGAAGAGGCAAUGCGAAAGCUGCAAAAUUUUCGGUCAUUGUCACGGUGGCUACUUCGCUUUCCAUUGGAUUGGUUCUCUUUACAAUGUUCAUGCUGUUCCGAGGGAAAAUCUCUUAUGUAUUUACAAACAGCCCGGAGGUUUCAAGAGCAGUUGCAUAUCUUUCUCCUCUGUUAUCCUUCUCCAUUCUGCUUAACAGCGUUCAACCAGUCCUCUCAGGGGUUGCUGUUGGUGCGGGUUGGCAAAGUGUGGUCGCUUACGUGAACCUCACAUGCUAUUAUUUGAUUGGGAUACCUGUUGGAGUUGUGCUCGGUUAUGCAAUCGGUUUUCAAGUCAAAGGCAUUUGGAUCGGAAUGUUGUUCGGCACAGCCGUUCAGACUCUUGUACUGUCUUACCUUACCUGGAGAACCGACUGGGAUAAACAGGUAGCUAUGGCUCUCACACGUGUAAAUAAGUAUUUCGUGCCCUCAUCCAAGGAAACAGACAGCAGCCCACCAACCGCCUAAUGUAGAGUAUCCAAAGGCGAUUCUAUGCGUGUCACGUUUGGAUGCAAUAUUGAAUUGAAUUGCAAUCAAUUGGGGGUUAAUAUGAAGAAGCAAUGACCAAUUGAAAAACUGUCACCCAAUUGCAAUUACAUCAAUCUAAAGUUGGAUUUCAAUCCAUAUUGUAAUUUAUUGGUCACUUUUCCUCUCUAUUGAACUCAAUCCAAUUCAAUGUUGCAUCCAAAUGCAGCCUCAUUAGUAAGACAACCAAAUCACCCUUGAAUUCGUGCAGAACAGUCAUGAACAUGAGAGAACUCUCAAGCCUAAUUGAGUAGGGAAGAUAUUUUCAUCUCCGGUGUUGGGAGAAGCCAAAUAAAAAAACCAUCGUUUGAAAUUCAGGAAUGGUUUCCAGUCUGUUAGUUGGUAAUUUGAGAUGGAAUGGAUUCAAUGCAAGGUGAAAAUUCUUCCAUGCAACCUUUAGCUAAACAAUGCAUAGUAGACUUUACAAUGAGAAGUUCACGUAAGGAGAUUUUUCAGACAAACAUUGUCUAAAAUCAUGUGGGAAUUCUAUUUGGAAUGAGAAUCACUACCCUUCAAUUCA